AUGGCGGACGUCCGGUCGCUUCUCCGGAACGAAUUAGCUUCGCGCAAGGGCUCAUCACCCAAUACCACUGGCAAUCGGGUCAGCAAAAAGCGCAAGGUCGAUAAUGGCGAUGGAGUUAUGCGGAAGAAGCUGCGGUCGACCGACCUAGAGACUGUGGAAGCCGUCGCCAAAGCACAGAACGCUGAGUCGCCCAGUGCCCAGGACGCUACUUCCGACGACGUCUUGGAGGAAGAAGACGAGGUGGACACCGCUGGAUCGGAGCUACCACACGAAUCCAAUCAAGAUAUUGUUCUACCGACUGUGCAACCGACGACAACCGCCGACGCUACGCAAGCUUCUCACACAGUCGACGAGGACGAGUGGGCCGCGUUCGAACGCGAAGUCGCGGCCCCGACGCGACUUCCACAGGCACCUGCAGCUCUUGCAGCAGAAGCUACCAUAUCUGCAGCCCCGGUAACCAACGAGGAGCUGGCCGCACAGCAUGAACAAGAGGCGGCAUCAACAAAGAACGCGAGAGAAGCAGAGUUGGAGGGCGAGCGUGAGGAUGCCGCUCGCUUCAUGGAGGAGGAAUUCGAUGAAAUGGAUCAGCUCGAGGAGCGCGUGCGGAAGUUGAAACAAAUGCGAGAGGAACUUCGAGAGAAACGCGCUCGGGAUGGCGCACGAGACCAGCCGAUGGCUACCGAAGAACAAAGAGAAGCGGAGGAGAGCGAAAGUGAUGAGGAUGAUGAAGAUUGGGACGACUGGAGAUUCAAAUGA